AUGUCAUCGGUGCCGAGUUACGAGUGGCGCCCUGUAUCACUCCUCCGGGGCAGGCAGCCUCAGAGUGAAGGCCCUGCAGACUUUGCGCUCCUCGUCCUCAACCAGCCGGUGAAGCAGUCGCAAGUAUUUGACUCGCUGUGGACUAAUGCUCUUUUGCGAGUCGCAGCCGAUGGCGGCGCAAAUCGACUUCUUGAACUGAACAAGGCAGCGCAGUCCCAGACGCAGAAUGCUCCUUUUACCAACCUUGACGCCAUCAUUGGUGACUUGGAUUCAUUAAGCACCGCCUCCAGGGAGUUCUUCGCGAAGCAGGAGAAGCCCACCCAAAUCAUUCACCUCACUGACCAGGACUCAACCGAUUUCUCCAAGGCAGUUUCCUGGAUCCGGUCAAGAGAUGGCCCAAAUAUCGAUAUAGUCGCUCUUGGCGGACUUGGGGGCCGUGUCGACCAGGGUCUUAGCCAGGUACAUCAUCUGUAUCUUUUCCAGCCGGGGCCCGACUAUUCUCUGGGCAAGAUGUAUCUUGUCUCCGGCCAGAGCUUGACAUUCUUGCUUCUACCCGGCCGUCACCACGUCCGGGUCCGCGAGGGCGGAGAGGACGUAUUUGCAAAGUACGUGGGUAUCAUCCCUGUCGGAGGGACCAGCUUCAUUACCACCAAGGGUCUCGAAUGGGAUGUGGAGAACUGGGAGACCAAGUUUGGCGGCCACAUCAGCACGAGCAACCACGUGCUGCCCGAGACGAAGGUGGUCGAAGUCGAGACGACAAACACUGUGCUUUUCACCAUUGCUCUUGCAGGCAUUGAAUAA